AUAAGAUGGCAGACGACAGCAGCAGGCGGGGCUGGGAGCUGGGAGCCGGGAGCUGGCAACGGCGGCGUGCUGCAGGGGCGUGGCUUGCGGGAGCCGCGCUCAAGCAGCGUGCCGCAGCGGUGGCAGCAGUGGCCAUGGCCAAGCGGGAUGGGCAAGCGGCGUCACCGGCAGCUGGAGCGGCGGGAGGAGCGCACAAUUGGGCAAUCCUCGAGCGGCGCACACACGGCGCAUACACGCCGCUGGAAGGCCGUCUGACACGCCAGCGUCAAGACGCGUGUUGCCAGGCUGCGCAACAAUGCAGCCCGCUCUGCCCUUGGGCGACAAGGUAGAGCAAGAAAGAGGCGCGCCACCGUCUCUGUUGCCCUUGCCGCUACUGCCAGCCACCGCUCCACCUCACGUUGCACCUUGACGCCGCCGCUCACCGCCGCGCCACGCUCUGCUGCCAACAGCGGGCCUAGCACUUGGCAGCUGCGUGCCUUGUGCGUCUUGUCUCAGCGCAGCGCGGCACCAAACGAGGGGCUCAGGUGCGCACAAGUGAGUACAGCGUGCGUUGCAGAGGGUGGAGGCAAGCUUCUGUUGACUCGCUGCGGCUGCAGCUGCGGAUGUGCCGUCCGGUCAGUGCUCAAGCUGCUGCGCCUUGCUUGGCAGCAAGUUGAGGUCCUGUGCUGGCCUGCU